AAACACCAGGGACAGAGGGGCGGUGUAAAAGUACUGCUCUGCACAGUGUACAUGCCAGCAUAUGAAUUAGUGUUGAGCACAGGGCUGAAGCAGAGUUUUGAGGCAGCAGUUUAUGGGAUCAGUGGAUGUAAUUUGACUUUUACCUGUGGUUCAUGUGCAGCUCAUCUGCUGUGGCUCUCUGCAGAAGCAAGCUGGAAGAAACACACAGACACUUCUAACAGUCUUUUCUUUUCUGUGUCUGAACUUAGAUCGGUCAUAUCCACACAGUGUCAUUCCAACAGGCAUCAACAUGCUGGAGCAGGUUCUGUCAUUCGGCCGCUCUCUGGUGCGCAAGAAAAUUGUCGACCUGAGCAGCCUGGAGGACUCAAAACUGUGCCGCUGCCUGGGAACCGUCGACCUCAUCGCCCUGGGGGUGGGCAGCACUCUGGGCGCCGGCGUCUACGUCCUGGCCGGCGAGGUGGCCAAGAGCAACUCAGGCCCCAGCAUUGUCAUCUCCUUCCUAAUUGCUGCCCUAGCCUCCGUCAUGGCCGGCCUGUGUUAUGCUGAGUUUGGCGCACGCGUCCCCAAGACCGGCUCUGCUUACCUUUAUAGCUAUGUGACUGUAGGAGAGAUCUGGGCCUUCAUCACUGGUUGGAACCUCAUUCUCUCCUAUGUGAUUGGUACCUCCUCAGUUGCCCGGGCUUGGAGUGGCACAUUUGAUGAAAUGAUAGGAGGACACAUAGAGAUAUUCUGUAAAACCUACUUCAGCAUGAACUCUCCUGGUUUGGCUCAGUACCCUGACUUCUUUGCCGUCUGCCUGAUACUGCUACUUUCUGGACUCCUGUCGUUUGGGGUGAAGGAGUCAGCCUGGGUCAAUAAAGUCUUCACUUCAAUCAACGUGCUUGUACUUCUGUUCGUCAUCAUCUCCGGCUUCGUCAAAGGAGACACACACAACUGGAAGAUAUCUGAAGAAUCCCUUAUAAAUGUCACCAUAGUUACAAGGAACUUGUCAGUGGCGGCCAACGUGAGCAGUGAUUAUGGAGUUGGAGGGUUUAUGCCUUUCGGCUUCAGUGGGACCUUAGCUGGAGCUGCCACCUGCUUUUACGCUUUUGUUGGAUUUGACUGCAUUGCAACUACAGGUGAGGAGGUGAAGAACCCUCAGAGAGCCAUUCCCAUCGGCAUCGUGGUGUCACUGACUGUGUGUUUCCUGGCGUACUUUGGUGUGUCAGCUGCGCUCACGCUGAUGAUGCCCUACUACCUGCUGGAUGAGAAGAGCCCUCUGCCCAUGGCCUUUGAAUAUGUGGGCUGGGGCCCUGCCAAAUAUGUGGUCGCUGUGGGUUCACUGUGUGCCCUCUCUACCAGUUUGCUGGGCUCCAUUUUCCCCAUGCCUCGUGUAAUCUAUGCUAUGGCAGAGGAUGGGGUGCUUUUCAAAGCCUUAGCCCAAAUCAAUCCUAAGACGAAGACCCCACUUAUUGCCACUAUGACCUCCGGUGUAGUAGCAGCCAUCAUGGCUUUCCUGUUUGACCUCAAAGCGCUGGUUGACAUGAUGUCUAUUGGAACUCUGCUGGCCUACUCGCUGGUUGCUGUGUGUGUACUGAUUCUCAGGUACCAGCCCGAUGGAGCCCUAGGGCGGCGGGCAGGCACCGGUGAGAGGGACUACCUGUCCUCUGAGGAGGGUGAGUCUGACCUGACAGAGUCGGAGUCCCACCUUAACAUGCUAAAGGGUGGCAGCUCCGCCCUGCAGACUGUCCUGCACCCUCCCGUCUCACCCUCUGAGCAUUCCUCUAGUGUGGUCAACAUGUCCAUCUGUUUGCUAGUGCUGGUAGUGUGUGUGGUCAGCUAUCUCACCACGUACCACAUCGGCUCCAUCCUUGGUAUGGAAGUGUGGAUCCUGGCAUUGCUGACCGUGUGUCUCCUCAUCUUCAGCAUCUGCGUCUUCAUGGUCUGCAGGCAGCCUCAGACUAGCAAGAAGGUCUCCUUCAUGGUUCCCCUUUUGCCUUUUCUGCCCAUUCUGAGCGUAUUUGUCAAUAUUUACCUCAUGGUUCAGCUGAGCGGAGAUACAUGGAUUCGUUUCUCUGUGUGGAUGGCUGUGGGCUUCCUGAUCUACUUUGGCUACGGCAUUUGGCACAGUGUGGAGCGCCAGCACCAUUUACAGGGUCCUUUAAACAGCAGCAGCACCCAGGAACACAACAAGACCAGCAGGGAGAAGCAAGUCGGUAUGGGUGCAGUAGGAAAAGACCAGGAGCGUUUCAUCUGCCCAGAAAAGACCAGCCAGUGUUAAAGUUUGCCAGACACUGUGAGGCGACAGAUGCAUAAAAGCACACAGCGGCUCUGCCUUGAUGCACCUGUUUAUACAGCUUCACCACAUGUGCCUCAAUCACAAGCACAUUCAGUCUACAAAGGCAGCGUCAGUAUUCUGUAUCAGCGGUCACAUGAUGGGGAGCCGCUCUAUCACUGUGAUGGAACCACAUUCUGUAGGUCACUUUGCGCUUUAUGGACAGCAUGGAGGCAGAUUUGAAAGGACAGGUAACACACUGGAGAGUGAUGUUUAUUUCCUUUAACAAUGAAUCAGUCAAUGCAUGACUGCAGCAAAGCUUUUCUGUUUCACUGUAGACUUGAGUUUUUAGUCCAUGACACAUUUAGUCUUUUCUGUUAAUUUUGACAUUUUAAGCAGGUUUGUACAGGUGGGUUUUUAAAUGUAAAAUCUGUGUUAUCCAUUUAAUGAAUGGAUAUUAUUAGAUUUUAAUACACACCAAUCAUGCACUAGUAUUAAAAGUAAUGUUAGUUUGUAGUGAAAGCACUCAUUGUUCUUUGACAUAAGUGUACAGCGCUGGGAAAGGACCAACAUUAGAUUAAAGGUGUGUCAAUCAUUAGGUUGAAAUAUAUUUUAGAACUAUUUUGUGCAUAAAUGUUUUAUAUGCAUACAUGUGAAAUUGUGAUAUCUGUAUAAAAAGAUCAUAAAGACACUGCCACAUUUAGACCAAUGUACACUAUGUCAAAUAGUUUUGUAGGCACUUAACAUGUCAUGACUCGACUCAAUUUAUAUGUCAGAGCCCUGAAAGUAGGCUUCUGUAGGUAUUACGUAACAGAGCAUAUCAAUCUGUGCUGUAGUUAUUGAGGUAUCUGUAGCUGUUACAGUGGUUUUAUUCAGCACAGGUUUACUUUUUUAUUUUUGCUUGGGUCUGUUUUAUCUAUGAACUGUUACAAUCUGAAUAUGAAGAUUGUUAUUUUAUAUGGAACUCUACUCAAAAAGUAUUUGUAGUUUCUUUUUUCACUUGAUCUGAUUUCGACACUGUGUAUUUUCUUUUUUUUUCUGCUAUUUUGAUACAGUUGCAGACAUGUUGUUAAUAUAACCUUCACGAAAUUAUUCUCUCUUAACCAGAGUACUUGCUACCUAACAAGAAGCACAACAAUUAACUGCAUGUCUGUCUUGCCACAUAAUUUAGCUGAACUGGGCAUUUUUACAGGUUUAUUCUCUUGUGUUCAGUGUCUUACUUCAAAGACUGAAGUCUGCGUUGCUUUAUAACCGGUUUGAAGAGACUUUUUGUGCUGAACUGCAUGAAGAUUCAGUACAUAGUGUCCUCUGGGCUUUGAGGGGCCACCCUGUUUUUCUUGUACUAUGAAUUAUCCAGUAAGGCUCAGUGAGCUCUAGUUUAUAGUAGAAACGUGUUUGCUGUCUGAGAUUUCAUCUGUACUGCCAGGUGUUGUGAUGUGGAGAAAUCCUACACUUUUCAAGAGGUCAGAUUCUGAGACUGUAGUAUGUUGGUGAUUGAUUGAUCGGGUUGACUGAAUGUGAAUGUGGAACAAAUUCAGAAGCUAGUCUCAGCAGGAGUAAUGUAGGUAUUCUACUAUACUGAACCUCUACAUUAACAGUGUAGAGUCUUCCAGUGAGGUUGCAGGAUAAAGUACAUACAAGUGAUGUCAUGAUGUAGUAUCACUUGUUAACAACUGCACAGACAAGUACAAUAAAUGUAUUUUCCAGUAA